AACAACAAUUACAAUACCAAGAUGCAAAAGAAAUAAAUACCGAAGAAGAAGAAAUUCCUUUGACAACAUAUAGAGCAAUCAACGAAGAAGUGGCGGAGAGACAAAAUAAAAUAGAGAAACAAAUUGAACACAUGGGAAGAAU